CUGAAAGCAAAGCAGCAGCUCAAGCUCCGUUGAAUAAUUAUCUGCCAAUCACGGCGUUUGCACAGUUUGCAGUCUUACACGUGACGGCAUGGACAAACCCGGCGGAAGACGGCUGCAGCCUCAGGCAGGAAGGAGCGUGACUGGCGGGCCGAGACAUUGCCGGCCGUCGAACCUCAGCAGACACCGGCGUCACCACCACUGCUCUCUUGCUUUCUGCCAUUGCCCUCUCAUCUCCCCUCCACAACUCCAGUGUUUCUUGCUGAAGCUCGCCAAAAUGGUUUCUCGCACCAUCCCACGCCUCGCUGGUUUCGUUUACCGCGAAAACCGCGUCCCGUAUUACCAGCGUCUGUUCCAGCAGCACGACGGCCAGCGUCAGUGGUGGAAGACUAGCCGCUCUGGCGCCCUUCUGUACCCCUACUACAUCUCUCUCUGGGGUACUACUUUCAUUACCACAUACGCCAUGAUCCGCCUAGUUCUUGGAAAGAAGACUUUCUUCGGAAGCGAGUAGAUUGAUCGCCAUGUCUUCAUGAUAUCUACUUUGGUCUGAGAUGCUCCGUCAACAAUACAUACAUUAGUGUACUAUUAUCGACAGGAUAAGGAAAACCAAGAAAAAAAGAAAUGUGGUUGUCGACGGUGUAUAUAAAAUAGAACUUCAAGUCAUCAAU